CUUGAAAGUUAUGUGGGCUGCUGACUUCGACAGUCAUCCUUGUGAUUGGAAAGAAUUUCCAGGUCUUUACGGAUGCGUCCAGGAGUGUAAUGGUAAAAAGGAAGCCAAGUGCCACUUUCAUCGAGGGAGUUAUUACAUUCUUUCUUUUUUGCUGUUGAAGUUAAGUUAUAAUCAAGGGUCUAGACCUAUUCGUGCAUUAUGUUCUUUUUUUGACGUCCAAAAAGUGAAGUCGACUGUCACACGGCGUCAGCAACCUUAACGACUCCUCAGGUUGAGAGCUACAUGUCCAUUCGCCGGUGAAUGACGAUACAAUCAUCCGUGCUACUAUGGGCUGCAGCAAGGUGAUUUGGGCGGUUAUAGGGGCGGCUGUCGUCAUCGCGUUAAUAACUGUCCCCAUGGCAAUAUAUCUGAAAAGACAGGACGGACUCCCAAAGCGGCCUUUUACCCUUGAAGAUUAUUUCAAUGACACUAUUAGGUAUAAAAUAUAUAAUUUGCGAUGGAUAUCAGAUUAUGAAUAUCUGCAUAAAACAAGACAAGGCAACAUUAUGCUUCACAAUGCUGAAACAGGCAAUUUCGUUGAGUAUAUCAGCAACAAAACAUUUGAACAAGUACAUGCCACAGACUACAUCAUUUCUGCUGAUCGGAAAUAUAUCUGCUUUGAGAGCAACUACUCCAAGCAAUGGCGACAUUCAUAUACUGCCUCUUACUCCAUCUAUGACUAUGACACUUCAACCUUUAUAAAUCCUGUGAACAUUCCACAACUCGUACAAUAUUUUUCCUGGGCGCCAACAGGAAAUAAACUGGCAUACGUAUGGAAUUACAACGUUUAUUUGAAACUCAAUGCCACUGCUGAAGCCAUUCAAGUGACCCACAAUGGGAAGGAGAACAAGGUCCUUAAUGGGGUCCCUGACUGGGUGUAUGAGGAGGAGGUUUUCUCAUCGAAUGAGGCAAUAUGGUGGUCACCAACUGGAAAGUUUCUGGCCUAUGCUGAGUUUAAUGACACAGAGGUCCAUGCCAUUGAGUACUCUUUGUAUGGAUAUGGACAAUACCCAAAGACAAUGGUUGUCCCGUACCCUAAGGCUGGCUCAACUAAUCCUAAAGCCAAGUUGUUUGUAGUGGACACAACAAAUCCCUCCAAACGGACCCAGGUGGUGGUGCCAGACUCCAUCGGGGCUGGAGAUCACUUUUUGGGUUCUGUCACAUGGGUGACGGAUGAACGCAUUGCUGUUCAGUGGACCAAGAGAAAGCAGAACCAUGUCGUCUUACAGAUCUAUGACUUUGAUGGAAACAAGUGGAAUGAGAAGCAGCAUUUUGAACAAAUAAGCAAGACUGGUUGGGUUGGCCAAUAUACUCCCCUCCAACCAAUGUUUGCUGAGGAUAAUAUCAGUUUUUACAAAGUGAUGAGUGAUGCAUAUGGUUAUAAACAACUUCACUAUGUGAAAGAUGGCAAGGCCACAGCCAUUACGAAAGGCAGGUGGGAGGUCAUUUACAUUUCAAAACUAACCAAAGACACCAUAUAUUAUGUAAGUAAUGAGUACCAAGGAAGGCCUGGCCAGAGAAAUGUAUACAAGGUUACGAUCGGAAGCAGCCACUCGGCUCCUCAGUGCCUCACCUGUGACCUGUAUAAGGACAGGUGUCAGUACAACUCAGCCUACUUCAGCUACAAUGCCUCCUAUUACCGCCUGGACUGCUAUGGACCCGGAACACCUUUGUUCACCCUUAGGGAUAAUAGAGGGGCAGGUAAAGAGCUCCUGGUUCUUCGUGACAACAGAGACCUUGAAGACAUGCUUAAAGACUUCCUAAUGCCAACUAUGCAGUUAGGUACACUGAAGGUAGCAGGAUUUGAUCUUUGGUAUCAGAUGAUGUUACCCCCCAAAUUCCAAAAAAACAAAAAGUACCCUCUUCUAAUUGACGUAUAUGGUGGCCCCGGCAGUCAGAAGGCAGAUUAUCGUUACCGAUUGAACUGGGGCACAUACCUCUCCAGUACAGAGGGAAUCAUAGUGGCCAGUUUUGAUGGAAGGGGAAGCGGUUAUCAAGGUGACAAAAUAAUGCAUUCCAUCUACCAACGUCUUGGAACCUUUGAGGUGGAAGAUCAAAUAACAGCUGUUAGGAAAUUCAUCGACAUGGGAUUCAUAGACAAGGAACGAAUAGCAAUAUGGGGUUGGUCAUAUGGUGGCUAUGUUACAUCAAUGGCUUUGGGCUCUGGCAGUGGACUCUUCAAGUGUGGAAUAGCCGUUGCCCCAGUAUGUAAGUGGGAAUAUUACGACUCAGUGUAUACUGAACGCUACAUGAGUAAACCAAAGGAGAACGAGGAGUCAUACACGAAUUCCACAGUGACGAAUAGAGCAAAGAAUUUCAAAUCAGUGGACUAUCUGCUAGUUCAUGGGACUGCUGACGACAAUGUUCACUUCCAGCAAUCUGCACAGAUCUCCAAAGCCCUGGUUGACCAGCAAGUGGACUUUGAGGCAAUGUGGUACACUGACAAAGAUCAUGGUCUUCAAGGAUCUGCCUACCAUCAUGUUUACACACACAUGAGCCACUUCCUACAGAAAUGUCUUGUCAAACCCAAAUAGACUGUAUAACCCCUUCAAU